AGUGGCCAGCAGAGCCCAGGAGACAGCGAACCAUGCUGGAUUAAGUCCCUGGUGGCACUGGUGGCUGUGGCCGUCCCAGGGGAACCCACCAGAGACAUUGCCCCUCACUGCUCUCUGCAGCCACUGCUCACUGGUGAUGGAGCCCACCAUCCAUUUUCUCAUACCCAAGGGUGAAGCCACACCUCCUUCAAGCCUGAUUCAGACAAAGAGCUGAAGGGACAUCUCUGAAACCCUGCUGCUGCCACCAUGAGCUUUAACAUCUACCCCCCAGCGCUCAGAAUAUUUUUGCUCAACAGAGCGAGGGAAAAACUGCAACAACAACUGCUUGCUCAAGACAAAGCCUGGGAGAAUUUUGUGGCUGAGGUCAAUUUGUCCAGGGAAGAGGCAGUUGUACUACGUGAAUAUCUGGACCAACCGGACAGGAAGAGGUGUCUAGAAGAGUUUCCUCAGAUUAAACGGGAGCUGGAGAAGAGCAUAAAAAAGUUGCGUGAAUGCACAGACAAUGUUGACAAGGUACACAGGGACUGCACCAUCUCCAAUGUGGUAGCCAGUUCCACCAGCAUUGCAUCUGGCUUCCUGACCAUCCUUGGCCUGGUUCUGGCACUCUUUACAAUGGGCAUCAGUCUGGGACUCUCAGCCACUGGAUUAGGGCUGGGAGCAGCAGCUGCUGUGACAGGCGUGUCCACCAGCAUCGUGGAACUCGUAAACACGUCAUCAGUAGAAGCCCAACGUGAUUUCCGCAGCAUAGCCCAGAAGAUUUCCAGUGGAAAAAGUCUCUACGAAGUGAAAGAUUUUAGGAAGCAUAUCCAUGCCAUCAGGAUGGCCAAAAGCAACCCUCAGUUAGCAGCUGGGUGAGUCCCUGGCCAAAGCACCCAGCUGGUGAGGGCAGCUUUUGGAGCCACGGCUCUUGCAAUGACCAGAGGAGCCCACACGUAUGGUGGAGUCUCUGCAGGUUUGUUCCUCCUGUUCCACAUAUGGUCCCUGGUGAAAUAUUCACAGGACUUGCAGGGUGGGGCAAAGACAGAGUCUGCUGAGAGACUGAGGAAACGGGCCCAGAAGCUGGAGAUGAAUCUGGAGGUGCUCACCCAGAUCUAUGAGCAUCUGAAGUAGGCCCCAAUUCGGGCACCCCAGAGCACUGCAGGGACCAGGGACACGUGAGUGGCCAAGCCCCAGAGGCAACUUGCUAGAGGGUAAGAUUGCAAAAUAAAAUUGAUGGAGCCGAGUAUUAGGAAUUCAGUGUUUCUGUAGCUGAGCACAGCAGGGGAGGGGUGCAUACAGGUGAUAGAUAGAGAGAGAGUAGGAAGGAGCCUGAACUGGGGGGUGUGGGCGUGGGGAGAAACCACUUAUUUUGGACUAAAGAAGCCACUGGGGGCAGAAUAACGGGAGAGGCAUGGGAACAAGCAAUGAGAGACCAGGAAUAGAGAAGGGUUGAAAAUGGAAAAAGCCCAAGAGUUAGGACUGCUGGGGUCCAGAAGAAGUAGUAAGGGCUCCUCUAUUGCCCUCCCCAGGGUCUGAUGCCCCAACAGGAAGAGUUUCUUCCUGGUGAUGGUCUCUAGCCCUCCUUCUCCAGCAUCAACUCACCUUUGAUCCCAGCAGGUUUAUCUUAAUUAGGCAGUGACUACUCUUUUUUGGUUUUUUAUUAAAGCAAAGUUGAUUUGCAAUAUUCUGUUAGUUUCAGGUAUACA